GAUUUAUUUAUCGUCUCGUACGGAGAGACAUUGGGCCGACGCGCACGCUGUCACCACCGCCGCCGGGCGACGUCUGCUGCCGGGUGAAUGUGAGGGAGUGGCACUCCUGCCUAGCAACAAGAUGUCAACAACAGCAGAGGUCCAAGCACUUUUCCACACUUCCUCCACCACCUUCGUCACGGGGCAAAUCCAAGAAGUCUGGGGCCUCCCGAGAGAGAUGAGCGACGCCGAGAUGGAAGUAUUCGGGGUGGCUGCCCCCUACCUGCGCAAAACGGAGCGGGAACGAAUUGCGGCCCAGAACUCGCCGUUUGAUGCCAAGGUGGCCGUCUUCGUGCCCGACCCAAAGCAAGAGUACCUCAAGGGCAAGGUCAAGAGCCAGAACGGCAGCAACGUCACCGUGGAGACGGAUUGCGGCAGGGUGGUCAUGGUGCACCAGGACGACCUUCGACCCAUGAACCCGCCAAAGUUCGACAAGAUAGAGGACAUGGCUCGCCUGACGCACCUCCACGAGCCGGCCGUGCUCUUCAACCUCAAGGAGCGAUACGCCGCCUGGAUGAUCUAUACAUACUCUGGUCUUUUCUGCGUGACCGUCAACCCGUACAAGUGGUUUCCCAUCUACAACCCCGAAGUGGUGGCCGCUUAUCGCGGCAGGAAGCGGCAGGAGGCGCCCCCGCACAUCUUCUCCAUCUCUGACAAUGCUUACCAGUACAUGCUCACAGAUCGAGAGAACCAAUCCAUCCUCAUCACUGGCGAGUCCGGUGCGGGUAAGACGGUCAACACCAAGCGAGUCAUCCAGUACUUUGCAACAAUUGCAUCGGUGGGAGACUCCAGCAAGAAGGAGCAACUUCCUGUCAGAGUGCAGGGAACACUGGAGGACCAAAUCAUCCAAGCCAACCCUCUGCUGGAAGCUUUUGGGAAUGCCAAGACUGUGAGGAACGACAACUCUUCUCGAUUUGGGAAAUUUAUUCGCAUUCACUUUGGAACGAAGGGCAAGUUGGCUUCAGCUGAUAUCGAAACAUACCUGUUGGAGAAAUCCCGGGUGACCUUCCAGCUACCGGCUGAGAGGAGCUACCACAUCUUUUAUCAGAUAAUGUCCAACAAAAAGCCUGAUCUAAUCGACCUGCUAUUGAUCACAUCCAAUCCUUUCGACUAUCCCUUCAUCAGCCAGGGCGAGAUCUGCGUGCUGAGCAUCAACGACGCAGAUGAGCUGAUGGCUACAGAUAGUGCCAUCGACAUCCUGGGCUUCAACGCGGAGGAGAAGCUUGGCAUCUACAAGCUGACUGGAGCUGUGAUGCACAACGGGAACAUGAAGUUUAAGCAGAAGCAGCGUGAAGAACAAGCUGAACCUGAUGGCACCGAGGUGGCUGACAAAGUUGCCUACCUCAUGGGGCUGAACUCCGCCGACCUGCUCAAGGCGCUGUGUAAUCCCAGAGUGAAGAUUGGCAACGAGUUUGUCACCAAAGGCCAGACACAUCAACAGGUGAACAACGCUAUGGGCGCCCUGUCCAAGGCAGUGUAUGAAAAGCUCUUCCUGUGGAUGGUCACCAGGAUCAACCAGCAGCUUGACACCAAACUCCCAAGGCAACAUUUUAUUGGCGUGUUGGAUAUUGCAGGGUUUGAAAUUUUUGAGAUGAACAGUCUGGAGCAACUGUGCAUCAACUUCACCAAUGAGAAGCUGCAGCAGUUCUUCAACCACCACAUGUUUGUGCUAGAGCAAGAAGAGUACAAGAAGGAAGGUAUCGACUGGGAGUUCAUCGACUUUGGCAUGGACCUGGCAGCCUGCAUCGAGCUCAUUGAGAAGCCAAUGGGCAUUUUCUCCAUUCUGGAGGAGGAGUGCAUGUUUCCAAAGGCCACAGACAUGACCUUCAAGCACAAACUUUACGACCAACACCAGAGCAAGAACAGCAUCUUCCAGAAGCGCAAACCUUCCAAAGGAAAGUCCGAGGCUCACUUCUCACUGAUGCACUACGCCGGCACGGUGGACUACAAUCUCAGUGGCUGGCUGGAGAAGAACAAGGAUCCGCUCAAUGACACAGUGGUGCAGCUGUACCAAAAAGCAUCUGUCAAGCUGCUCUCCCAGCUCUUUGCAACGUAUGCCUCAGCAGAUGGUCAGUUAUCUACCAGGAUAUCAUACCAAUAUUUCAACAAAAACACGUUAUCAGUUAUCACGUUUGUCAUUAUAGCUGAUGGAAACAAGAAAAGCUCCAAGAAAAAGGCUUCAUCUUUCCAGACGGUCUCUGCACUUUUCAGGGAGAACCUCAACAAGCUGAUGGCCAACCUCAGAUCCACAUAUCCACACUUUGUGAGAUGCAUUAUCCCCAAUGAGACAAAGACUCCAGGGGUGAUGGCCCACCAUCUGGUUUUGCAUCAGCUUCGCUGUAACGGUGUACUGGAAGGAAUCAGGAUCUGUCGGAAGGGAUUCCCCAGCAGGAUCCUCUAUGGAGAUUUCAGACAGAGGUACAGGAUUCUGAAUGCCAGCGCCAUUCCCGAGGGACAAUUCAUGGACAGCAGGACGGCUUCCGAGAAACUGCUCUCCUCCAUUGACGUGGACCACGCACAGUACAAAUUUGGAAACACAAAGGUCUUCUUCAAAGCGGGCCUUCUGGGUCUUCUUGAGGAGAUGAGGGACGAGCGUCUGGCGGUGUUGAUGACUCGCAUCCAGGCUGUGGCCAGAGGUUACAUCACCAGGCUGAAGCUCAAAGAGAUGGCAAAGAAAAGAGACUCAAUUUUCAUCAUCCAGUACAACAUCCGCUCAUUCAUGAAUGUGAAGAACUGGCCUUGGAUGAGACUCUUCUUCAAGAUCAAGCCGCUCCUGCGGUGCGCUGAGGCCGAAAAAGAGAUGCAGAGCAUGAAAGAGGAGAUGUCGCGCCUCAAAGAGGAGCUGGCUAUGACGGAGGCUCACAGGAAGGAGCUGGAGGAGAAAACCGUGGGGCUCGUCCAGGAGAGGAAUGACCUUCACCUUCAAAUCCAAGCAGAACAAGAGAACCUGUGCGAUGCAGAGGAGCGGUGUGAAGGUCUGAUCAAGAGCAAGAUUCACCUAGAGGCCAAAGUCAAGGAAUUUUCAGAGCGGUUGGAAGAGGAAGAGGAGAUCAAUGCGGACAUUACGGCAAAGAGGCGAAAGCUUGAAGACGAAAGUUCUGAGCUCAAACGGGACAUUGAUGAUCUGGAGCUGAACAUCGCCCAAGUAGAGAAGGAGAAACAUACUUCUGAAAACAAGAUCAAGAGGUUGAUGGAGGAGGUAGCCACACUAGAGGAGAACGUUUUGAAGUCCUCCAAGGAGUACAAAGUAUUGCAGGAGGUUCACCAGCAGAUGUGUGAUGACCUCCAGGCCGAGGAGGAUAAAGUCAACGUUCUGAUAAAGACGAGGGUAAAGCUGGAACAACAGGUUGACAAUCUGGAAGGCUCUCUGGAGCAGGAGAAGAAAGUUCGAAUUGACUUGGAAAGAUCCAGAAGAAAGCUGGAGGGAGACCUGAAGCUGAGUCAAGAGACCAUAAUGGACUUUGAGAAAGAGAGGCAGCAGAUGGAGGACAAAAUUCAUAAAAAAGAUUUGGAAAUCAGCAACCUGCAGUACAAAAUCGAGGACGAGAAAGCCUUUGCUACUCAGCUGCAAAAGCAGAUAAAAGAACUUCAGGCUCGCAUCGAGGAGCUGGAGGAAGAAACGGAAUCAGAACGUUCCACCAGGGCCAAACUACAGAAGCAAAGGUCGGAUCUCUGCAGGGAGCUGGAGGAGAUCAGCGAGAGGCUGGAGGAGGCUGGAGGAGCGACCAAUGCUCAGGUGGAGAUGAACAAAAAGCACGAGGCAGAAUUCCAGCGGCUGCGGCGUGACCUGGAGGAUGGCACACUCCAGCACGAAGCCGUCACUGUGGCUCUGCGCAAGAAGCAGGCCGACAGCGUCGCACAGCUCGGAGAGCAGAUCGACAAUCUGCAGAGAAUUAAGCAAAAGCUGGAGGAAGAAAAAAGUGAACUAAAAAUGGAGAUGGAGGACAUGGUGAACCACGUGGAGAAUGUUGUGAAGAGCAAGUCCAACAUGGAGAAGGCCUGCCGCAGCCUGGAAGAACAAACCAGCGAGUACAAGACCAAAGCAGACGAAGCCCAGAGAGCACUCAGCGACUAUGCCACCAUGAACGCACGACUGCACACAGAGAAUGGUGAACUUUCACAGUUGUUAGAGGAGAAGGAAGCUGCUCUUAGCAAGAUGAACAGAAGCAAAGAAGCUAGCAGUCAACAGAUCCAACAACUCAAGUGUCUUCUGGAUGAAGAAAUUAAGGCAAAAAACACCCUGGCGCACAGUUGUCAGUCUUCACGUCAUGACUGCGAGCUUCUGACGGAACAAUAUGACGAAGAACAAGAGGCCAAAGCUGAGUUGCAGCGAUGCCUCUCCAAGGCCAACAGCGAUGUGGCCCAGUGGAGAAACAAAUACGAGACGGACGUCAUCCAGCGCACUGAGGAAUUGGAGGAAGCCAAGAAGCGGCUCGUCCAGCGGCUGCAGGAAUCCGAGUCGACGACAGAGACGGCAAAUGCAAAGAGUGCCUCCCUAGAGAAGACCAAACAGAGGCUGCAGGCAGAGGUGGAGGACCUCAUGGUGGAGCUAGAAACAGUAAAUGCAGCCAAUGCUACCUUGGAUAAGAAACAGAGAAACUUUGACAAGGUCCUGUCUGACUGGAAGCAGAAGUGUGAGGAGAGUCAGUCAGAUCUGGAGGCAUCUCAGAAAGAGUCCAGAGCUCUGAGCACCGAGGUCUUCAAACUAAAGAACUCAUACGAGGAAGCUUUUGAGCAUCUGGACUCCAUGAAGAGAGAAAAUAAAACCCUUCAGCAGGAGAUCUCUGACAUCAGCGAGAACAUCGGACAGUCGACUAAAAUAAUACAAGAGCUGGAGAAACUCGCGAAGCAAGCUGAGAAGGACAAGAAAGACACUCAGGUUGCACUUGAAGAGGUUGAGUCGUCACUAGAACACGAGGAGGCCAAAAUCCUUCAACUUCAACUGGAGCUGAACCAGAUAAAGUCAGAGGUUGACAGAAAGGUGGCUGAGAAAGACGAAGAGAUAGACCAGCUGAAGAGGAACCAACAGAGAACCACUGACACCCUGCAGAAUGCGCUUGAAGCCGAGAUGCGCAGCCGGAACGAGGCCGUUCGGGUGAAGAAGAAGAUGGAAGGGGACAUUAACGAGAUGGAGAUUCAACUAGGCCACGCCAAUCGACAAGCUUCUGAGACUAUAAAGCAAAUGAGGAACCUGCAAACCCAGUUAAAGGACACGCAAGUCCAUCUAUAUGAAGCUCUUCACAGUCAGGAGGACACCAAGGAGCAACUGGCCAUCGCAGAACGCCGUGACAGUCUGAUGAUGGCCGAAGUCGAAGAUGUAAGGUCGUCUCUGGAGCAGGCGGAGCUAAGUCGCAAGCUGGCCGAGCGGGAACUGAUGGAGAUCAGCGAGAGGACUCAGCUGCUGCACUCCCAGAACACAGGCCUCCUGAACUCUAAAAGGAAGAUGGAGAGCGAGUUGGCUCAGCUGAAGUCAGAGAUGGAGGACGCAGUCCAGGAGGCGAAGAACAAUGACGAGAAGGCCAAGAAAGCCAUGACAGAUGCUGCCAUGAUGGCCGAGGAGCUGAAGAAGGACCAGGACACCAGCGCUCACCUGGAGAGGAUGAAGAAGAACCUGGAGGUGACGGUCAAGGACCUGCAGCAGCGUCUGGACGAGGCAGAGACCCUCGCCAUGAAGGGCGGAAAGAAAGAGCUCCAGAAGAUGGAAAGACGGGUUCGCGAGUUGGAACAGGAAUUGGAGGCGGAGCAGAAACGUGGCAGCGAUGCCAUGAAAGGAGUCCGCAAAUGCGAGCGGAAAAUUAAAGAGCUUACUUUUGAGGGAGAGGAGGAGAAGAAGAACGUGGCCAGACUUCAGGAUCUGGUUGACAAGCUACAGCUGAAAAUCAAAGCGUACAAGCGGCAGAGUGAGGAGGCGGAGGAACAAACCAGCGUCCACCAUGCCAAGUUCCGGAAGGUUCAGCAUGAGCUGGAGGCUGCUGAGGAACGAGCAGACAUUGCGGAGUCGCACCUGAAUAAACUACGAGCCAAGAGCCGCGACAUAGUCGGGAAAGUGGAGUAGAAAGAUGCCUGAUGUACUACUUUACCAGAGUACAAGUCAUGCGUUCAUGCGGUGAAACUGUACUGUAAUACAGUGGUCCCGUAACUUCCAAGUUUUUCAACUUACAAUCCGUUGCUAGGUUUUUUGUUUUGUGUUGUGACCCAAAAUUUGAGUAAUGAGCAAGCUUCAGAUAUGCCGCUGCUAGAGUGACGUGAAAAAAAAAAAAAUGGAGCAGUCAAGGCACUGUAAUGCCAUCACAUGUGGGCAAGGAAAGCCACAGUCAGCCGUUUAUUGAAUGGGACAAAUAAUCAAACACAUAUAAAAUGAGAACACUCCCAAGGAACCUCCUGUAGGCCAUAACUCACACCCAGUUAGCUAAAACUAAUCUGUGUAUCAAACAAAGCUCAAUGCAGCUCUGCUUACUCUUUGACUUGAUUGUAUUUCACACAGUGUAAUCGGACUGUUUCUUGUUCUUGCUCUUAAUUAAGGUUUGUUUUACAGUAGAGCUCAGUGCUGCCCGGCAUGUUUAUGGCACAACAGGGUACUGCAGUUUAAAUUCAGACUUGCCUCUACAUAAACCCAUAAAAACGCAAUUUUUAAAAAACGCUUAAAAGGGGGUUCACUCCAGGUGAAUUUGUAUAUUUGUGCCACCUUGGCAUCAUUAACACUACAUCUCAAGUACCAAAGUGAAAGCGUGUGAGGAAUCCCAGAAGAAGAGUUAAAGUUACGGCCGAGCGCCUGUGUCUGUCAGCAGGCAGCUGAUGAGCGAGUGGCGAAGGUCAAUAAUGUACAAAUAGAAAACGUAGAGGACAAACAUUGUCCAGGAACCUGUUAGUGUGCUUUCUGGCAUCGGUUGGCCAGGAUCAAAAACAGGCUGCCCGAUCUGGUGACCCCAUGAGCAGACACAUGGACGUAAACAGAGUUGCCUGCUCAGCUGUGAUGCACUGUUUCCCGUAUGUGUAGGUGGAUGUUAAAUAUUUUUUGUCCAAUCAAAUUUCAGCUUAUGUGUUGCCAUGUCGAUCUAAUCUGCCUUUACAAUCAUUCGUGCUGGUUAAUGUAACUCAAACUAGUGUAUAUUAGAAAUGGGCCUUCAAAUUUGUUCUGGGCCAGAGCCACUGGCAUGGAUUGGUUAGUCAGAGCAAAGCUCGGUACAGCCAAUAUCGUGUCGUUAGCGAUCUACACACAUCAAUACAUUUAAUUAGCAUGCAUUUUGUAAAGUAUUAAUGGUUUCUAAAAUUGUAACGUGGUCAUGAUGCUAUUAAGAAGUAGAUAAAGUCGGCUAAGCCCCCACUGAAGUCCCAGGAACCAAAUGCACGGCCCGACACUGCUGUUCACACUCUGGUCCACACCUUGUGCUCCUUGUGCCCGGAGCUUAGAUUUCCCACACUCUCCCUUGGCUAAAUGCGGCCCGCAUGUGUUCCCAGCCGACACACCGUCGCCCUCUAACUUGGAAACAAGGCGGGCUGCUAACCUUGGCCUGAACAUGGAUGCUGCAAUUAGUGACUCAAGUGGGCCAUUACGAAAUGUUCCCCAACCUUUAUUGAGACAAGACACACAUUUUACAAAGUAUCUCGGAGCACAACACCAAACAAAAACGUCACCAAAAGUAUGCUUCAAUUUGUUCCUCGUGUAUCAAAUGAUUUUUUCCCAUUUAAAUGAAUUGAAGUGCCGUUCAUCCAUUCUAGACCCCCUCAACAAAAUGUUUUUGCUACGUUGUUUUUUUUAAGAGCAACAGAACUGGAUUGCAUAAAAACCUGAAUAAAACACAAAAGAAUGUAAUGAAAUAAACUUGCUUGAUUUAGUGUAAAUACUGUGAUGUUGUAUUUGUGUGUUGAAUGUGUGCUUUCGAGGGGUGUGGCCGAGUGAAUGACA